AUGAAGCGCGAUGAAUUUAUUGGCUCAAUUGACACUGAUGCUAUUCGUGCUUUAGCUUCCAGCUACAACGGCGGUUUGCCAUGUAGCAUCAGAUCUCAGCGCCAAGGCAGCUUUAAUGUCUGUUUCAUCCUUGACUUCUCUGAUGGCACCACCCGGCUAGUCAGGCUUCCCAUCGAACCAGCGGUCCAUGAUGUAUGGGAUAAGGUACGCAGUGAGGUCUGUACCAUGCAAUAUGUGCUCGACCACACAGACAUUCGUAUCCCUAGGGUAUACGCAUACGGCAAGAGUCGACUCAGACGAGACACCUCGACUUAUCAAGUAUUCAUGGUCUUGGAUUAUAUUGAUGGGCGACCUUUGACGAAAAAACUGCUUCGGGAUAGCCCCGAAGACAGCCGGCGUCGGUUUUUCGGAGAAAUUGUUGACAUGUUUGCUGAACUACGACGGCUUGAAUUCCCUCUGGGAGGCUCAUUAAUGCCAAACACCAUGUUCGGAACCGGGGUACGAUUAUGGUCGUUCUUGUUUUCCCGGGAAGAAUCCUUUACGCCUCAAUCGAUUAUGGGUCUCAAACACGCACCGAAAAUCGUUGGUGCCUUUUCCAUGCGCAAGAACGAGCUCCAGGUCGAUGGUUUUACAGCUGUACGGUCCAUAGCUGCCACUGCAAACGAAUUCUUGAGGGAUCAGUAUCAAUUGCUUCAAUACAUGUGGCAAAUGCCUUCCCAAGAACUUGGUCAAGAGGAGGCUGAGUACGAGGAGUUCGCACUUAAUGCCCUAAGCUUAGAGGAAGCACAAAGGAUUCUUGGAUUCAAGGCAGAUUCGUCAGGAGGCUCGUUCUGCCUAUCUCACCCUGAUCUUCGCGUCAAUAAUAUCAUCGUGGAUGACGAGCUUCAUAUCCGCGGCAUCGUUGACUGGGAGUUCUCGGUUACUGUUCCACAGCCCCUCUUUCUACCCCCGCCGUGGAUUACUGGCCAUGAUUCUGGAUCAGUCGCUCCCAAGGUCUCAUUCGAAUUUAUGAACGUUCUAUCGUCGAGAAAAUCCAAGUCACCUAGUCAUUCUCAGCUUGCAAGAGAAUGGGAUUUUCAAGACAAUUUUACGUUGCCGAUGGCUUAUAUAUUCCGAGAUCCAUCUGACCUCGUCUUGCUGUUUUAUAGAUGCAUUUAUCCCAGACUCUACAACGAUCCUCGCGACAAAAUAGUCCCUAGUUUCUUCCAACGUCCUGAGAAUAAGGAGUUGCAAGAACGAUUAACGCGGCGAUUGGGUGCCUCCGAAGAGUACACUCAGUAUCUCAGGGACAACGAUCUCUUUGACGACGAAGAAGAUCCGGAAUGGCAAAAACUCAAGGGCUGGACUACAGAGGCACAAAACAAGUUGCAGGAAUUACGUGAGUGGAGCGAUAAGACCCAAGGAGAAAUAACGCGCUUGGAGGGGGAACGACCUGUGCAACCAGUAAGAGCAAGGUAA